CCAACAGACUGGAGGGAGUGAAGAAGAAGAAGGACGAGUAGCGCGGAUGCUUCGUUGCGUGCAGUUCUCUGUCGGGGGCAAGAUUAAUCGCUUUUAGGGGAGUGGAAACGACUGAGGGAUUCCCCAGAGUUUUCUGCACCAUCGAAAUGCAAACCAAGUUUCUGCUUUAAGGUCGAACGAAGAGAAGUGGAAGACGUGCCUUUUUCCUUCUUAGCCGAUGACAACGAGCGACAGCGACGUUACGAUUGGAGAGUAUUGAUGAAAGGUUCUCCUGGAAGAGAGGAAGUGGUGUUGGGAGGUGAAGGAAAGGGAGGCCGAUGGACUGAAGGCGGACAAGGCACAGAAGCGCAUGAUCUGGGUGACAUGGCGCCUUCCAACUCGAAGCCAGUCAUAGGGAUCGACCUGGGUACGUCGUUCUGCUGUGUGGCAGUUUUCCAAAAUGGUGCAGUGGACAUCGUGCCAAACGCUCAGGGCCUUCGCACUACGCCGUCCUCCAUCGCUUUCACGGAGAGGCAAACCUUCGUUGGUCAAGCGGCCGUGAGGAAUGGGGCGCGUUUCCCCAACCAGUGCGCCUACGAGGUGAAGCGGCUGAUGGGGAGGUCUGUUCUUCAUCCCAAGGUCCAGGAGUACAAGAGAAUGUGGCCGUUCAAAGUCAUUGCGGGAGAGCGAGACAUGGCCGUUGUAUGGUUCGAAAAGGUCCCCGACGGCAAGCAAACGUUCUCACCCCCGGAAAUUUCCUCCCUUCUGCUGAAGGACAUGAAAAAAAUUGCCGAGGCCUUUGCGAAUUCCGAGAUCGAGGAUGCCGUGAUAACUGUUCCCGCACACUUCAGUGAUAGUCAGCGGGAGGCCACGAGAGAGGCGGGGCGUAAAGCCGGUUUGAACGUGCUGCAGCUGCUGAAUGAACCGACGGCAGCAGCAGUAGCGUAUAUUCAUCAGAAGAAACUGGAGGAGUCUGAUGGAAGGAACAUCAUGGUCUUCGAUCUGGGAGGGGGUACGCUCGACGUCUCGAUCAUUGCCCUGGAGAGCGGCGGCCUACUUGUGCGCGAGGUGAAAGGCGAUUCUGAUCUUGGAGGUGCGGACUUCGACAGCAACCUCAUGAGGCAUGUUGCGGAGCAGUACAAGCGUGACAUGGGUCGGGAUCUUCUCGCCGACCAGAAGCUAUUGCCGCGAGUGAGGGAGACAAUCUGUUUGGCGAAGCACACUUUGUCCACCCAAGACGAGGCGGACAUUGAGUUAUACUCCGGAGAUAUAGAUCUGAACCAGUCUAUACUCCGGGCUAAGUUUGAACAGAUUAACGAGGAGCUGUUCCGAAAAUGCAUGGCGAUCGUUGAAGAAGCGCUUCGAGGAGCCAACAUGACUAGUCACGACAUCUCGGACGUGAUUUUAGCCGGGGGGUCAACGCGGAUCCAAAAGGUCCGAGAGAUGCUCAAGCAGUUCUUUGCCAGGCCUCCGUUAUCAGUUGUUCAUCCGGAUGAAGUGGUGGCGUAUGGUGCGGCCGUGCAGGCAGCUUUUCUCUCGCCCCUUGUGAUGGGAAACCAUAAGCCUAAGGUGCCUGUGUGCGAUGUCAACCCGAAAAGCAUCGGUGUGAUGGUCAGUCCUGGGGAAAUGAUUGUCGUGAUCCCCAAGAACUCUCGCCUUCCGGCAACCGGGGAGCUUGAUGUUAAGUGCGCAUACGAUUACCAGGAGGCGAUCGAGUUCAAGUUGUACCAAGGGGAGAGGGCCUUGUGCCGUGAUAACCAGUACCUGGGGAACUUUAUGUUGACGGGAUUUAAACCGGUGGCUGCCGAUGGGAAACCAGUGGCGAAGCUUGUUCUGAACGUCGACAGCGACGGCAUCAUUCGUGCAUCCGCGGUAGCCGUAGCCAACAAUCAUGAGGAUGGGAGAACAGAAGAGGUGGGUGUUAUCAUCGGGAGGUUCAGCAAGGAUGGGGCGGACGCUACAGUCGACGAAGGGCGGGAUUGGAGAGCGGUGCAAGAAGAAGACGAGGAGAUGAAGGCAGCGUUCAAGGCGCGGCGGGACCUCCUGUAUCUCGCAUGGGAACUUCGGGAUAAAAGAUUUGCGAAGAUGUCCAAGCCGGAGAGAUCGCUUGUAAUCGAGUUUCUGGAGUGGUUACAGUCUGAGGAGAGUUACGCGUCGAAACGGAUCUACGAGGACAAGACCAAAAAACUCCGUGCAAUUCAAACCCGCUUCGGCGGCGGAAGUGGUCGGUGCUCUUUCGUUGUUUGAGCUCUUCAGAACAGCAAAGGGAACCUCUCCAUCCUUCUCCAUCGUCCUUCAUGCCUCCUAUGCUUCCCAUGCUCUCCAGAAUUG